AUGUACGCUUUACGAGCAGCGGUGGCGGUGGGCCUGUUGGCGCAUGGAGUGUAUCAAUUUGAGAACGAUCCAACGUGGUGGUUGUGUUGUCCAUUUUAUGUCUCGGCUGCUCUCCUCUCACUGCUCCCAUUCCCAAAUCUUUUCAUCUGGCGGCUCCUCUCCGCAUUCGCCGUCAUGGGCGGUGGAUCGUUUAUGCUAUUUCUCGCCUACACUUUCCACAGUCUCGACGGAGCUACAGGCUUGAGUCUUAUCGAAGGUGAUCGUCUUCUCCCGAUCUCUGUCGGUGUCGCCCUCAUCACAGCCACUCGUCUAGCACAUGGUCGUCAUUCAUCCCCAUUGGAGUUUAUCAAGGGCUUCAUUCUGACGGGCCUCUUCUUUGCCUCAUUCGGUUGCAUGAUCUUCUCGGCGAAAUUUUUCAAUCUACAUCAA